UGAAAUUGGGUGCAGUAAGUGUAGCCGGCGAGUGGGAGGUUGAUGGAGAAAAGGUAGUCUUGGCCGGCGGUGUCAGUGGUGCUGGAGGUGAACGAAAAUAGUGCGUACGGUCAUUUAGGCGAGAACGACUAGGCAAGCCAGGGGUGGGGGAGCUCGGUGCAUCAACCUUGCUGGUGGCUGAGAAUUACGGAGAAGAGGGAAUCGGCGGCGGAAGUGACCGCGGUAGCAGAGUCGAUAAAUAGCUGGUGGUUUAGGCUGCGUUGGAGGGCGAAAUUUUUUCCUUCAAGGUUCAGAUUCCACUCUCCCAUAUCUCCCUUCUCAACCAUUCUUUCAAUAAUGCGAUUAUAGUUAUUCCCUUUGGCUAUUACAUUCAUGUGUAGCAAAGAUUUUCGUUUGAGUUAGACUGGACAAGUUUGCCACUGUUUGGCUGUGCAAAUGUGUUAUGCUUCUUCUUUGCAAAUAAUUUUAAUCUUUGAAAAUGCCGAGAAUAUUAAGUUCUCUUUGUCAAUCUAUGGAAAUAUUUUAUGUUCAAUGUGCAAAUAAAUUUUCAACCUAUUCCCCCUCUUUUGGGCAAAUCCGGUAACAAUGCCUCUUUAUCAGUCUCUUAAUGCUUCUUAAUGGGUAGUUCCGUAAAUUUGUAUUCUUUUCCACACCCGUGGAGGCAAACAUCUCUCCGUUUGCAGGAAGCGUUCUUCCCUAGCUGCUGAUGUGUUCUUUCCCUUUGAGCAACCAAACGGAACGAGAAGGUGGAAAGGAGGUUGAUUUCAAUUUCUCGUGCUAAAUUUUCGCCCGGCCAAAUGUUUCUGAUAUGUUGAGUUCUCAACUUCAGUUACACAAGCCUAUUUGUUGUCCGCACGGGGUCAGUAGGCCCUUUUGCCCUGGCCCUAACGUUGGGUUAGUAGCUCAAACGAACAGACACUAUGCAAUGGCAUAUCACAGUGGCACUGUUUCGGUAGCAGAGUCAAAAUUGCAGCAACUUAAUCCACUCUUAAUUGGAUCAACAAGUCAAGAACCAAGAUUUGAUAAAUCCCCAAAACUGGGUGAAGGUUGUUCCUAGUGCUGAUACUCUUUAUUGUGUGAAACAAGAAGAAGAUGGAUAUAUUCAAGGAAGAGAAUUUGAUGCAUCUUUUAUGCAUCAAAAGGAAUUUCCGCCCUGUGAAGAAGAAAAUAAAGAGCACCAAAAGGAUUGUAGACCCACGGAGACUCCUUUGACAGCUUCAAUUGAUAUGGGUCUUAUUAAUGAGCCUGAAGUGCAUCUUUUGGAGGAAGUGGAUCAGACUGUGCUAUCUAAUCGGAUUUUGGUUCUUAGCAGACGUAAUAAGAUCAGAAGUGCUCUAGAAUAUUUCAGGUCAAUGGAAUUGUCGGGUCUUUGUCCCACCAUUCAUGCCUGUAAUUCUCUUAUAUCUUCACUUUUGAGAAAUGGACGGUUUGAUGAUUGCUUAAAAGUUUUUGAUUUCACUAGAAGAAGAAAGAUAACUACUGGGCAUACUUAUAGCUUGAUGCUUACUGGACUUGCAAAUGCUCAAGGCUUCCAUUCAGCUCUUAAAUCCUUCAAAGAAUCAGGAAGUGAACAUGACAUUGAGAAAAUUUUUGAUGCUGUUGUCUACAACACCAUGAUUUCAAUCUGUGGAAAAUUUCAUGAAUGGAUUGAAAUUGAGAGAAUUUGGAGGAGUAUGAAGGUAAAAGGGUGCGCUCCUAGUCAAGUCACUUACCACUUGUUGGUUAGCAGUUUUGUGCGGUGUGGUCAGGUUGAGCUAGCUCUUGAUGCUUAUUUUGAGAUGGUUCAGAAUGGCUUUGAACCCAGAACUGGUACAAUGGAUGCUAUCAUUAGCGCAUGUGCUAAGGAGGGAAAAUGGGAUGCUGCCCUUGGUGUGUUUCAGAAAAUGGUGAUUGAAGGACUUCAUCCAAACUUAGUUGCAUGCAAUGCAUUAAUUAACUCACUGGGGAAAGCAGGGAAGCUCAAACUAGCAUUUCAGGCUCAUGAUGUCAUGAAAUCGUUUGGCCAUAAACCGGAUGCAUAUACAUUCAAUGCUUUAUUAAGUGCUCUUAACAAGGCUAACAGGCAUUUUGACUCUCUUCAACUUUUUGAAAAGAUUGAAGAGAACGAAUUAUGUCAGUUGAAUGUACAUGUGUACAACACUGUUUUAGCAUCAUGCUCUAAGCUUGGGUUGUGGGAUAGAGCUUUACAGAUUAUAUAUCAGAUGGAAGCUCGGCUCUCUGCUGUGACAGUGUCAUAUAAUCUUGUUAUCAGAGCCUGUGAACGUGCAAGGAAGCCAAAAAUUGCAUUGCAGGUAUACACGCGUAUGGUUCAUCAGAAGUGCAAGCCAGAUGUAUUUACAUAUCUGUCUCUGAUUAGAUGUUGCAUCUGGGGAGAUCUCUGGCAAGAAGUGGAGGAAAUCCUGAAGGUGGCCACACCAAAUGUCUCUCUCUAUAAUACUGCCGUUCAAGGGAUGUGCUUGCGGGGCAAGAUUAAUUUGGCUAAUAAGAUCUACGAUAAAAUGCGUGAGAAUGGUCUUCAACCUGAUGGCAAAACUAGAGCGUUGAUGCUUCAAAACUUACCCAAGGGUGCUGUAGUAAAUAGAUAGUCUCUUUUGAUGAUGAACAACUUGUAUAUAUUGGAGGAUUUUUUUUUUUGGUAUGUUUUUUUUUUUUUUUUUGGUUGCUGUGAGUAUUAUGGGAGUAUCAUAGGCAACUGAACCUGGUCUACUCAAAUGCAUAAUUCUUUUCGUCCUGCAUAUAAGUUAUUGACAACUAUUACUUUACAGGAACUUGUGGGAAGCUUCUAUAGUCUUUUCUGAGUUCAAUCCUCACAGUUGAUAAUGCUAAUAGUUGUUAUUAUAAAAUUGUUUUGUAAAUGUUGUAAAGGAUGGAGUCUCAUAGUAUUAUUUUUGGCA